AUGGCUGCUGGUUAUAGCAGUAGUGGUAUUAAUCAAGCUAGAAAAGUUCUUCAAAAAACCCACAUACGGUAUUGUUCUCUUUCUUCUUCUUCUUCAUUGAAAAUCGCAAGAAUAAACUCGAGAAUUGAACCCUUUGUUGAGGAUCGGGUAGUUGAUGCUAAGGCAAUUAAAACUGGCUUCAAUCCGGAUAUUAUGCGCUUUAAUUUUCAGCUUAAGAGUCUAGUGAACAAUGGCAAAGUAACUGAAGCACAUCAACUGUUCGACCAAAGGCCUAAUAAGAACGCAUAUUCAAUCAACAUGAUGAUGCAGGGAUACAUCAAAUCAGGCGAUAUAAGUACUGCAAAAGAGUUGUUCGACGGAAUGGUUACUCGGACAGCUGUGUCGUGGACGGUUAUGAUGGGGGCGUACUCGCAGAGAAAUCAGUUUUUAUCUGCUUUUGGUCUUUAUGCUGAAAUGUGCAAGGUAGGGACGGAGAAGCCUGAUCAAGUGACCUUCACGACCCUAUUGUCGGGUUGUUGUGAUGGUUCGGAGGCGCUGUUGGAGGUGGUUCAGGUUCACGGCCAUGUAAUCAAGAUGGGAUUUGAUUCCGAGACUGUUCUUUGCAACAGUCUGUUGGAUUCCUACUGCAAGUGUCGAUCGCUCUCCCAGGCGAAACAGCUUUUCAACGGGAUGUUGGAAAGAGAUUCUGUAACUUUCAAUACGAUGAUAACAGGGUAUGCAAAGCAUAGGAUGAAUAACAACGCGGUAAAGCUUUUUGUGGAAAUGCGGUACAUGGGGUUAAAGCCUUCAGAUUUCACCUUUGCAGCUGUAUUGGGUGCCAUAGUUGGCUUUGAAGGACUGAGUCUAGGUCAGCAGGUUCAUGGCCUUGCGAUUAAGAGUAGCUUUGUCCAAAAUGUGUUUGUUGGAAAUGCGUACUUAGAUUUUUACUCCAAGAAUGGUUCUUCAAGUGAUGUUGAGAAACUUUUUUAUGAGAUGCCAGAGUUGGAUGGUGUUUCGUACAAUAUACUGAUUGCGAGCUAUGCAAAUGACGAACUCUACAACAAAUCUGUGGAUCUAUUUCGCAAAUUGCAGCUCACCACGUUUGACAGAAAACAGUUUCCUUUCCCAACAUUGUUAAGCAUUGCAGCAAAUACAUUUGACCUGGAGAUGGGAAAGCAGAUUCAUGCUCACACCUUAGUGACCACAGCGAUAUCAGAAACUCUAGUUGGCAAUGCCCUCAUUGAUAUGUAUGCAAAAUGUGAUGAAUAUGAGAAUGCAGAUUAUUUGUUCAGAAAUCUGGCUUGCAGAAGCAAUGUUCCUUGGACAGCUAUCAUAUCAGCCAAUGUCCAAAAAGGGCUGUAUGAAGAAGCAGUAGCCCUGUUCAAUGAUAUGCGUAGAGAUAAUCUCCAGGGUGACCAGAUAUUUAUACCUACUAUCUAUUGA